AUGGCACCACCCAAGAUCACGGUAUUCGACUAUUACGCAACGCUUCGGGUCAGCCCGUAUGCGGACAAGAAGGCCAUCCAGAAAGCCUACCAUCAACUCGCUCGGGAGAGGCACCCUGACAGAAAUGGCAACAGCGCAGAAGCAACCGCCAAUUUCCAGAAGCUUGUGAACGCAUACGAAGUCUUGACCGAUGCGUCCCGUCGCACGGAGUACGAUUUCACCGCCGAACAGGAAUACGUCCGAAUGCAGGAGCAGUCUAUUGCGCUACAAAAAACCCUGAGAAACAGGUCUCAAGGUACGGCAGCGGCAGACGCAGAGUUGGUGUCCAACCACCAGAAUAUGAUUAGGCUCGCUGUGCACAUGUGUGUUUUAACAAAGGAGCUCAAAACCAUUCCGGAUGGGCAUUGGGAGAAGCGCGAGCAACAAAACCAGGCAGAGGUUGCGGAACUGCGCAAAUCCAUUGCAUUCUACGAGGAAUCUCUGAAGAUUAGGUUUCAGCACAUGCAGAAACUGUCGACUGAGCUUGCGCACGAGAGAAAGAAGGCGCGUGAUGCGGAGACGCGCUACGCGAGCUUGGUCGAGGCUUUUCGCAACCAGCUCACAACCUACAUCAAUUUUGAUCGGGUACGAAAGUUGCUCGGCAUCCUGGAUGAUGAGCUCCAACCGAUUCGCCAAAUUACCUUUUGGUGUUUGGGCGCUACCGAUGAAUCUACCAAGGUAAAGUUGCCCACGCCAAGUGCACCUCUAGGAAAGUGA